AUGAAUAUUUCUGUCGAUUUCGCCAAUCGUGAUCUUACUGAGGCUGACGUUACAGAAGUAGAUCAAGAGUUUAUUGAUGCUUUGGUUGAAAUCGAAGGUCAGAAAGAAUUUCCUUACACGAAAUGUGAUAAAAUAUGUAAAUCAAAAGGUGGACUAACGAGACAUAGCGACUCAAAACAUAGAGGCGAAAGUGUUGAUUCGGGUACACGUGUAAACACAGGUCUUUGUCAAGCUACAACGGCUUCGAUUGUGGAAACAAUAAAAAACAAUAUAAUGCAAGAAAAUAUAUAUGGCGAUGAAAUAAACACUAGCUUAAAAACGGUAUCAGCGGGUAAAGCUUUGUUCAAAGCUAUAUUGCCAUUGUAUAAGACAUUUAUUACCAAGAAAAAUCAAGACAAGCUGCUCGAGGAUUUCUAUGGCUUAAUACCGAGAUCAUGCGAAUUGUUGAACUGUGGAGACUUCAUGCAUAGUAGCAAACCUAAUUAUGAUUCACAUUCCAGAUCAUUUAGUUGGCUUUUAUAACAUGUUAUAGGAGAAUUAAAGGAGAAUCUAGCCCUGCUGCUGAACAAGCUAUCAAAAUCAAUGUUUCCUAUGUUGGUGGGUAUGUUGGUGGGUAUGUUGUUUCACAACUGUUCAAAAGGAACAAAGGAAAGUCUAGCCCACAAAACGAGGAACUUCAAGUAUUACUGCAGAAUAUGAAAUCUGCAGAGUCGCACAGUUUCAUAUCAGCCCGGAUAUAUAAGAUCAGAGAAAAGGAAGUGAAAAAAAGGGCACUUAGAAAGGACAUGAAACAAAAAUCAAAUGAACU